AUGGCCGCUGUAGCUCAAUCCAACUCUGUGAGCUAUGACACGUUCGAGAAGCUCGUAGCCUCUCAGAAUGGCGGUCAACUUCCGUCAGACCUCGAUAGCUUUUACAAGUAUAUCCUCGCUCAACCCGAAGGUCCGUCAGACCUGGCUGCGUUAGCAGCAACCACCGCAACUAAGGCAGACCCUGCCAGCAAUGCUGCUGAUCUCACCGCCGCUCCCGAGGUAAAGGCAGCAGGGUUCAGCAACCAGACCUCGGCGAAUGGCAGUGUCAUCAACCUUUGGGUUUACCAGCGUGUCUACAUCAACGCCCUUGGUAAAACAUGCACCAUCAACAUGGGCGGCAUUACACCAGGCUUCCCUGGCGGAGCAACAUUUGGCACGUUGUACUAUGAUAAUGCAAGCGAUCUCAGUGGUGAUUGUGAUGUUGUUUUCACGGGAUUCAUAACAUACUUCGCCCUUUACUUCCGCAAGAACGGUAGCCUGUAUGCGACUUACCAGUCAGGCAACGUCGGUGCGGCCACUGGUGUUGCGGGUGGUACAGGAAGCUGGUCUUAG